AUGGAGAAUGAUGAGAUGUUGGUUUUGGAGGGUGAGACGAGUGAGAUGCUAAGUCUCAUGAACAACACUUUUUAUUCUAACAAAGAAAUCUUCUUUCGCGAACUUAUCAACAAUGCUUCUAAUGCUUUGGAUAAAAUUCAGUCUGAGAGACUCACAGACAAGAGUUGUUUGGAUGAUGAAUUGACCAUUAGAUUGGUCCCUCACAAGGCUAACAAAACACUUUCUAUCAUCGACACUGGUAUUGGCAUGACCAAAACUGAUAUGGCCAAUAAUUUGGGUGUUGGCUUUUACUCUGCGUACUUGGUUGCUCACAAGGUGACAGUCACCACCAAACACAAUGACCAUGAUCAUUAUAUAUGGGAAUCUCACAUUGGUCUUUCCUUCACUAUUAAAAAAGACCUUAAUGCUCAACAACUGCUGAGGGGAACCCAAAUCACCCUCUUCCUAAAGGAUGACCAGGUAGAUUCAGUGUGGUUAUUGCGUCUACGGAUCAAUUCAGUGUUAUUGUUGCAUCCGUGGCUCGAUUUUGUGUCAUUGAUGCCUCUGUGGAUUGAUAUGAUGUUGUUGCUACCUCCACAAUUAGAUUUGGUAUUAUUGCUACCUCUAGAGUUCGUUUCGGUGCCACUACUACCUUUGUGGCUUGAUUUGACGCCACUACUGCCUCUGUGGCUGGACUUGGCACCACUGUUGCUUUCGCAGUUCGAUUCAGUGCCAUUGUUUCCUCUACAGUUUGAUUUGGUGUCACUGUUACCUCUGCAGUUCAAAUCAGUGUUGUUCUGCCUCCACGACCUGAUUCGAUAUUGUUCUGCCUCCGCCACUUGGUUUGGUAUUACUACUACCUUUGUGGCUUACUAUCGUUAUUUCAUUGCGGUGCCACUGCUGCCUUUAUGGCUUGAUUUGGAACUACUACUGCCUCUGUGGCUAGAUUUGGUGUCGUUGCCGCCUUCGCAGUUCAAUUCAGUGCCAUGGUGGCCUCUAUCAUAUGAUUUGGUGUCUAUGUUGCCUCUACGAUUUGAUUUGAUGCUAGUACUACCUUUGCGGUUUGAUUUGGUGCCACUGUUGUCUUUACAGUUCAAAUCAGUGUUGUUCUGCCUCCACGACUUGAUUCAAUAUCAUUCUGCCUCUGCCACUUGGUUUGGUAUUACUGCUACCUCUGUGGCUUACUAUCGUUACGUGAUUUUGUGUUCUUGGGUAGAAACUUGCACAUGUUAA